AUGGAGGUGCCAACGAUAAAGUGCUUUGUACGUAAUAAUGUUCUUUUACUAUUAUUCAUUACAAUUGUGAAAGCCCAAAUUGCCCCAAAGAUUUCUACCCCCAAUAGUUGUGCACUCAAAGAAAGAUGUGGCGAAUGCAUUCAAACUCCGGGAUGCGCUUGGUGUUAUGAUCCCAACUUUGGCAAUGAACCACGCUGCUUUGACCCUGAAUUAAAGUUUCAACAACAUAAAAAGUGUCCCGAAGAAUUCGUAUUUUUUCCGGAUAAUAUACAAAAUUUUGUUACCAAUCUAGAGUUAACAAAAGUUCAUAAAGGGGUUAUAGAUGGUGAUAAAACGAUUGCGAAGGGAAUUGGAGAAAGCUAUAACGCUGGUGGUGUCAGAGAUAAGAUGGUGCAAGUAGCACCUCAAAGAAUACGUUUAAAGCUCCGACCAGGAAAACUGCACAGCAUUGAAAUGAAAUACACCCAAGCAGAAGACUACCCAAUGGACGUUUACUAUCUUAUGGGUUUGAGUAAGUCUAUGUCAGACAACGAAAAAUUAUUACAUUUGGGCGAGAGGCUGGCAACGACGACAAAACAACUAACCUCACACUUCCGACUGGGAUUUGGUACUUUUGUUGACAAAGUUGUCAUGUCAAACGGCAACAACUUAACAGAGAAGUAA